AUGUCACAAAGCGAGUCAAUCGAGAAUUCCACGGACUUCGAACCGGCUAGCAACGAUUCCGACGAUGACCUAAAGAAAGUCGGUGUCGAUUUGGGAAAGGCAUGUCAACAAGUGUACUGCUCUCGGCACCUGCUGGUGCUGUUCGGCCUUGGUACGCUUCAGCAGCUGAUUGGCCCAUGUGUCCCAUACAUCAUCGGCACAUUCUUCGCCGCGCAGUAUGGCGGUGGCGACUGUGAGGUGAACCCAUCUUCGGAGCCCUGCCGGCGAGCAGCGACCUUUGCCGCUCUCGUAUUUGGGUGGUCAAACGCUGCGGCCAACCUGGUGGCUAUGCUCUUAGCAGUCUGCCUGGGCUCCUGCAGCGAUGUUCUGGGGCGGAGACCUCUGAUCCGCGCCUUUGGCGUUGCCACGAUGCUGCCAUGCCUGGCCCUCGCUUUGCACGUGACAACAGGCAUAACGCUGUGGAUCUUCCUAGUGCUCCAGCCACUGGUUGAGUGCUUCGAUGUCAACGGCGUAUAUUUAGCUGUCAUGGCCGAUGCCAUCGAUGACCCACAGGAGCGCGCCGCAGCUUUCGGGGCCUUCAUGGCCGCCUGCAUGCUGCUGGUGGGCCUUGUGGUCCCCUUCGGGUUCAUUCUGCCGAGCGCUUGGCUCAUUCGGGUGUCGGUCAUCGCUGGCACAGUGAAGCUAGUCUAUCUUUUCUUCGUGUUUCCAGAGAGCGCCAAGCACAAGCUGGCGCCGGAAGAGGAACAGUCCCUCGUGUCGGGCAAGAUGAACCCGAUUUCCUCGGCAUGUUCGGCCUUCUCUCUGCUCAAUCGGAAUGCCUUCAUCGCUCGGCUUGCCAUGGUCCUCGUUUGUGCCGGCCUCGCAGCCUCGGGCUAUGCCAUCGUCAUGCCGCCGUUUAUGAUGGGCUACCUGGGUUAUACCAGAAGCAAUAAGCUGAUUCUGGUAUGUGCGAUGGCCAUCUCAGCCUUGGUCUCCUUCACGUGCUUGCUGGGACCGGCCGUAAAGAAAUGUGGCCAAGUGCGAGUUCUUCAGCAUUGCCUCGCCGCUUCCGUGAUUGUGCCAUUUCUAGUUGCCUUCUGCCAGGAGCAAUGGCAGCUGGCCCUCAUCUGUUUUCUUUUCGCUGGCCCGAUUGCUCUGGCUGUACCGUUGGUCCAAGCACUGAAGAGCAUGUUGGUCUCCCCUGCGGAGCAGGGCCUGGUGCAGGGUGCAGUCGCUUCCAUGUCCAAGGGUGCGGCGACUGUUGGAUUUGUGGUCUUCAGCACCAUGUUCGCGUUCACCAGUGGCGGUGGCAAGGUUGACUCUGUCGGUGCAGUCUUGCCAUCCUUCGCACUCAUCGCGGGAAUCUUUGCCAUCUCCGCGAUUUUGGCCGGCACUCUGCCUUCCACGCCUCCGCAGCCGCUUGAAGACGACAAGUUGCUCUUAGACAGCGCAGACCUGAAGCGUGACACGCGCCGCGAUUGCAUGUUGUUUUCCUACAGAUGCUUGGGCAGGCUUGGAGCGAAGGAUGUCUGGAACUCCUACAAUUGUGUCCCAUUUUGGCUCAAGGUCUUUGGUCCCACCAACAGACGGGCUGUCUCUCCCAAGCUAUCCUUCACCAAUUUGUGCGUGCGAAUGGCUCCGAUGUAUGUCGUCAAGAGGGAUGGGCAGAGCCAAGAGGUGAAGUUUGACGCCAUCACUCGGCGCAUUCAAACUCUCUGCGAAGGUUUGGAUUCCCGUUACGUCGACCCAGUGCCUGUCACCCAAAAAGUGGUGGAAGGUUUCUACAACGGUAUCUCCACGUCCGAGGUGGACACCCUGGCAGCCGAGACCUGCGCGUACAUGUCGCAGAAGCACCCCGACUUCUCUACUUUGGCGGCGCGAAUUGCGGUGUCGAACCUGCACAAGAACACAUCCAGUUCCUUCUACGAGACGUGCAAGAUCCUGCACAGCUACGUGGACAAGCAGGGCAGGCCCGCGGCUCUUCUAGCAGACGACGUCUGGGAGUUCAUUUGUGCCAAUGCAGAGGCCUUGGACCAAGCCAUCGACUACAAGAGAGAUCUGGGCUACGACUAUUUCGGAUUCAAGACCCUGGAGAAGUCCUACCUCUUGCGUGUGCAUGGGAAGAUCGUGGAGAGGCCUCAGCACAUGAUCAUGCGGGCGGCUUGUGGCAUCCACGUGGGAGACCUGUCGGCCGCAUUGGAGACAUACGACUUGAUGUCACGGAAGUUCUUUACCCAUGCGACACCGACCCUCUUCAAUGCGGGCACCCCAAAGCCUCAGAUGUCAUCCUGCUUCCUGCUGAAGAUGCAGGAGGACAGCAUCGAAGGAAUCUACGACACCCUGAAGCAGUGCGCCUCCAUCUCCAAGUCCGCCGGCGGAAUCGGCGUGGCGAUCUCGAAUGUGCGUGCUGGCGGGUCGUACAUUCGUGGCACCAAUGGCCACAGCAAUGGCCUCGUGCCCAUGCUCCGGAACUUCAACGAGACGGCGCGGUACGUCGAUCAGGGUGGAGGAAAGAGGAAGGGCUCUUUCGCGAUGUACCUGGAGCCUUGGCACGCAGAUGUCUGGGCGCAUGAGCAAACCUUCACGAGGUGCGCCCGUUUCCUUUACAAAUUGCUCUUGUGGUUCUGCCUGGCCUUUGUGGUCGGGGCGGUUCGAGGCGCAGCAUACGACUGCGCAACCAUGGCAGUGGUGAGCUCGCUUGGGUUCGCGAGCGCCUUCUACGUGAUCCUUUUCCUGAUGAAGUGGGGAUGUUCAGUUAGGAGCACCGGCCGGGGUGGCCGGCAGACCCAGAAUCUCAGGAGGCCCGGCUUCAGGCGUCGGGCUCGCCUUCGGCGCUUUCUUCUUCGCAAAGCUGCUCGUGCAAGACAGCAUCGCAGGGAGAUUGGCAUCGCCGCUGACAGGCAAGCACUGCGCCGUCGCAUCGUCGCUUUCAAUGCGGUGUGGCGCGCUGGCAGACGCAGAGGAUGGAAUCGGAAGAGGCGACGGCUGCGGGACGGCCGGGCAUCUUCUCAGGUCUUGCUGGGGCCGAAGCCGAAGGCUGAUGGUGCGGCGGUGGAGUGUGCACCAAAGCGCCGUGAUGGAUGGACAGGCCGGAGUUGGGGCCCGCUACUUCGAUGUGGUUCGCGGGGUGGUCGGGCUGAGCACUCUUCGGCAAAGCCUUCGUCUGAGGGAUCUCGUGUGGAAAGGGCUGGUGGCAAGCAGCUGCCGUUGGUUGCGAAUGCGGUCUCUGAUGCCGCGGCUUCUGAUGAUGCAAGGGCGCACUGGGAGCACUUGGGUGCGCGGGUCUAUGGCGCUGGCUGCUCCCCGGGUGUGGUCGCGGGCAAGGGCGCCGUUGUUGACUUUACCAAGGUCAUCGACGGCUCGGCUUCCUCGAGGAUUCGGUUUUCGUUGCUGCACAGCUUCCGGUUUGACAAGUGGCUGUGGACAAGGGUGGGCGAGGCACUGCAUCCUGGACCUCAGGUGCCACGCCGAUCCAAGAAGGCCGGCCUCACCAAAGGCGACGUCAAGAGGCUUGUGAAAUCCAUGGUGCUGCAGCUGGCCGAGCAAUUCUUCGGGCCGCCGCCUCCUGGACCUGCGCCUUCCGAGCGGUCUCCCAAGGGCAAGGGCAAGGCUGCACAAGGAUCGCCUGAGCAAGGCAAGGGCCGGCCGGCUCAGCAGGAGGCAGAGAAGGGUGACAAGGGCGGUGGCAAAGCUGGCAAGGACGGCAAGGCAACACCUCCAUGGCGGCGAUCUCGCGGCCCGGCUGGGGGCGGCACUUCUGAGCCGGCUUCUGCUGCUUUGGGCCUCCAGUCCACCUCCAAGGGGAAAGGCAAGCCAGAGGGCACCGACAAGGGCAAGGGCAAAGGAAAUGAUGCAAGUGCCGAACCGGCUCCACGGCCUCAGGCCCGGCGUUGGCAGCGGGAUGGAUGGCAGCAGGUCAAGUGGAAAUUGCGCCCCAAUGACCUUAACUUCUCCGCCGUUAUUUCGGCAGCGGCGGAUCUGGAGCGCGAGCUUGACAAGGGCGAGGCGGUCCUGGUCUACACCGACAAUCCCCGGGAGCUGCAGGAGUUCGGCGAGCUGAUGCGCGGCGGGUGCCAUCCGGCGUCGCUCCUGGUCUAUGAUGGCGAGGCGACGGCGGAGCUCGACCACCUGAAAGGCGAUUACCCAGUGGAGCGCCGGAGCUUACCGGGAGUCCUGAGAGGGAGCCUCAAGUUGCGCAAGUGCUGGGUUGUGGCUAUGCAGCGGGGGCAACCAGAGGUGGGGGAGCUUCCCUUGGACGUCGAGGUUGACUUCCUUGAGGCGCGCCCGCCGAAGCAGAGAUCGGCCUACCAGGAGUCUGUUGUGCUCAGGGCAUGUUGCGCCCAGUGCUUCACCGACAAGGACCGGUGGAAGAGGGUACUCCAUCGUCCGGGGGCCGCGCUACGGGAGUGGACCACUCGUGUUGGGGGAUCGCCGGCCGAUCUUCUCGACAGUUGGUCGUGGGAGAAGACCGGGGACAGCCAGGCUUUGCAUCCCACCGGUGUCGUCAAGGGCCUUGUCAGACUUUCGCCUUCGGCUGCGCGAGCGCUGCUUGCUGCUGGUGGCCGGUGCGCUGGGGAUACCACUUUCUUCUUCCAGCCGCUCAAGUGGGCGGACCUGACGCUGAACCAGCCCGCGCUGCUUUGGGAGACGCAGAGGCCGGACGAAAUGCCGUGCCAGUACCUUCGGCGUGUGGUCGCGCUGUCCGGCGACAUGGGCCUCUAUCACGACGGCAAGCGGCUGGCUGUGCGCAUUGACCCUCGCGAUCCUCGGAAUGCUGCCCGACAGGGUCUUUGGCAUCUUCGGCAGGUUCCCUUUGGCUGGCACGUUGCCGAGCUCGAGGAGGUGUUGGCGGAUGUUGGCUUUGAGCAGGUGGAGAUCCAGGCCCGCUAUCGUGAUAGGCGGGCGGCUCGGUGGACUUUCUUGGGCCUUCGCGCCGACCGCCGGGACUAUGUGCCGAUCAAGAUCGAGGACGCGGAGUUGGGCACACUCGAGUUGGAGGCCUCGCGGCAUCGUCGUCAGGGGCGCAGGGAUCAGGCGAGUGAGGCCAUCAAGCCAGAGCGUCGGCAGAGCGUGGCGGUGAGGUCUCAGGAGGCUGCCUCCCGGGACAAGGGUGCAGGCAAGGGCGCCAAAGGCGCGGUUGUCGAGGCCAGUCGCAGCGGCCCGGAGUUGCCGAAGGACCCUUUUGACGACUUGCUUGCCUUGGACGGCGAGGUGGAGAGCGAGGUCGAGGCCGGAGACAACCCCAUGAUGGGCAACAAGCGGCAGGCUGCGGCUGUGGCUCCGAUUGCAAAGAAACCCAAGCAGCCGAAGCUCGCUUUGCCGCCGGGGGCCACUGUGAUCAGCAACGAUGGGGGUGGCAAUUGCCUCCCGGCGGCCGUGGCACAGGCCUUGACAUCGCAUGCCGGCAAGCCGUUCAGCCAUCGUGGGGUUCGCCGCGCCAUGAUCAGCUGGAUGCGGGAGCAGGCUUCACAUUUACAGCCCCUUUGGGACGGCCGUGACACGAGCGACAAGCCAUGCCAGCUGUCAUUUGCGGAGUACCUUUCAGCGGUGGAGGCGGUGGGUUCCUGGUGUGGCAACCUUGAGGUGUAUGCCCUGAGCCGGGGCUUGCCGGCCAACCUCCUCAUCCUUGACUUUGACUCCGAGGCCACCUUCAAGUUUGCAAGCCAGGCCGACUCGGACCCGUUUAUCGUGCUGAAGUUUAGCGGCAAGCACUAUGAGUGGAUCCAGUGCUCGCCGGAGGCCCUGGUGGACAUUUGGUGUCACGCGGCCGUGGGCAACACCGUUGGCGGGCGAGGCGGCGGCUUCAUGUGCAUUGACACGGCAUCGGAGGCUUCCAUGACUGCGGUGGUGCCGGCAGCUGGGGCUCCCGAGGGUGGCCACUUUCCUAGAAUGGUGAUCGAUACUGCCUCGAGUGCCGGCUCUGGGGUUCCCAUUGAACGGGGCGGUGGCUCUGCUGACAUCGCUCCUGUGCCCCCGGUGGUUGGUGGGCACAUGGUCUUUGAUGACUUGUCUGCUGUGGGCUCCAGGCCAUCGUCUUUGCAGGCCGGCGACUUGGAUUCAGUUCGUGCCCAUCGUCCCCCGCGGUCGUGGCCGACGCCGGCUGAUCUUCGGUCUUUGUCCUCGGCGUCUUCUACCCGCCCUGUGCUGCUCCCACCUCGUCGCCGACUCCGGGCCAAGACGAACCAUUGGGUGUCAUUGUCGGCGGUGGCGAAGGCUGGUGCUGACGUUGAGGUGCCGGGCGAGGCCGAGACAUCUCUGGAGCCGAGUACCCCGGAGCCAGUGGUGCGCCAGCCGAAGUUGUCAAGGUAUCGUGUUGGUGCUGUCGUUCGGUGGCCCUGCCCGCUGUGCCCUAUGGUCAUUGAGACCAAGUCGCCGGACACCUUGCAAAAACGGCGAUAUGAUCAUUGCCAACGCCAACAUGGAGGCCAGGGUUUGCCGGGGACGAAGCGUGUGAACUUCGACGUUUUCAGGCCCCUGGGGCCCGACGAGCCGGAGGAUUGGAGGUGCCCGCUUUGCAACUGGGGCCUGCCGGUGGGCACGCGGGGCGGCAUGACUUCUAAGACGUUUGCCACUGCCAAGGAGCGCCACCGCAAGGCGAAGCACCGACAUGUUAGCCAGAAGGACUACCUCGCGAAGAUCAAGGCCAGGGGUGCCCGGAAGCCUGCGCAUCGUAUGCAGGCUCGUGUUCGCGAACUCAAUGCGGGUGUGGCGAAGAGACGACAGGAGGGACUGGCCGCCAUUCCAGGCUGGACUCUUUUCCGGUGGCCCUUCGUAGCCAACAAGGCCAAGAAGCGGGUGCUUAAAGUCACACAGGCGUGGAGUUGCGUGAAGUGUGGCCUGUGCACGCGCGUGGCAAAGCGCCGCCAGCUGCAUGAGGGCCACUGCCAUGAGUACGACAAAUCCAUUUUGGAGGGAGUUCGUGCUCGGCAUCGGGCAUCCUUCGAGGAGGCUAAGACUUUGGGCCACGGCGUUGAUCCCGACUUGUUGACCCAGCUGUUUGUGAACGCCGAUUUGGCCAUGGGAGGUGUCAUGUGCCUCCAGGAGGUGGACAUCAAUACAGCAAGCGUGGCCACUUGGGUGGACGCCUGGCGAGCCCAUGGUUAUCAUGCAUUUUUGGGUGUUGGCUCUGGUGGACUACAUCGUACAGCUGUUCUAUCCAGAGCACCUGGCCAGCCCAUUCGACUACCGAGUGUGGGUGACCAGUCCAGGUACAGUGCAGUGGCUCUCGAGUUCCAGUUUCACAGUGGAGUUCGAAAGGUGGUUGUGGUGAGUGUGUAUGGCUUUGCCUCCGAUUGCGAGGCGGCGGCGAACUAUGCUGAGGAGGUCGUUCUGGCGGUCCGCGGGCUGGGCAUGGAAUGGCUUCUGCUCGGUGAUUUCAACGUGACGGUGGAUGAGGCGCCAAUGGCUAGGCGCAUGGCGGCUGGAUGGGCCGAGCCGCUGGACUCGGCUUUCAUGACGGAAGGGCCGUUGCCUGGCACGGCGGGCGGUCACCGACGGAUUGACUAUGGGCUGUCGGCGGGGCGGCUGCGUCCGGUUGCGCUGAGGCACGCUGGUGGCGUGGGCAACCACACGGCGGUGAGCUACGAGUUCUCGUUCACUGACCCGUCGGGGCAUUCUGCUCCGGCUCGUGCGCCACUUGGUGAUGCUGAGGUGUCGGAGGCUGCUUGGGCUGAGCACUGGGAUGCGCCGCGGUUCCACAACUUCUUGGCGACAAAGGACGUUGACGCUGCGUGGUGCAUGUUGUCCAAUGCGGCGGAGGCUGCACUGGGUGGUGUGAGUCGUGGUGUGGUGGCGCGGUCCGCGUCUUGGGCGCCACAGGGCGCUAAACCUCGCAGCAAGGCCGCGAAAGGCUUUGAGUCCUUGGGGCUCGUGCGGUUGCGGCGACUUUCGCGCCGGUUGGCUCAGUUGGCGCGAUGUCCUGAGGAUGCCCGGCUCCGUGACAUCGUUGGCAGGAACGUGGGUGAUCUCCAGGACCUUUUCCCGUGGCUGCAGGACCUUCCGUUCUUCACCAUGGAGCAGCAGGCUGAGUGGGUCCAAUCUCAGGUGGAGGAGGCUGCUAGGCUUGAGCUGGAGGCGGGCUUUGCUAGGUGGCGGUCCUCACUGAGCGGCUCGACCAAGAAGCAGAUGGCUUGGAUCAAGCGCCGGGCCUCUUUGCGCGCUGGCCUCUCGAAUCCUCGGUGGAGCGCGGCUGAGGAGAUGAGGCGUACGGCCAUCCAUCCGGUUGAGGUGAUUCGCCGUGCUGAAGCCGAAUGGUGUCCUAGAUGGACGGCUGGCGAGGUCGAGGAGGGCCCUGUACAAGAGCUCCUUUCUGCACUUGUUCCUCCGUCUGGGGGCUCUCCGGCUACGCCGACCUUUUCCUCGACUCGGCUUCUGAAGGUUGCUUCCAAAAUGCGUGGCAAAGCAUGCGGGCCAGAUGGGUGGGAAGCUUCGCACUUUCUUUCGUUGCCGGGGACGUUUUGGCGAGCCCUCGGGGAUCUUUGGCAAUGUGCCUUCGAGUCCGCUAAGUUGCCGGCUCGGUGGCGGGAGGCCCGAGUUGCUUUGGUCCCAAAACAGACCGGAGGCUGCAGGCCCAUAUCGGUGCUCAGUGUGGCCUAUCGCUUGGGGGCUGCUUUGUUGGUCAGAGACAUGAGGGCGUGGGCCGAUGGGUGGCUCGGACACAGGAUGCUGGGUGGUGUGCACCGUCGCUCGACCAGGGACGUGUUCCUCCGCAUCAUUGAGGCCAGUGACGACCCCUCGGUUGUGUUUGUGGGGCAAGAUGUGUCAAAAUUUUUCGACGGGAUACAUGCUAAGCACCUGCUUCAAGUUCUUCGGUUUCUACGGGCUCCUCAGCUCUUCGUCGACUUUGUGCAGGGCGUCUUGUCUGAGCAGUGGCGCGUGUUCUCCACCGGCAGUUGGGUCGGGGCCACGUGGCAUCCGGCCACAAGAGGACUGGCUCAGGGCGAUCCGAUGUCGCCGUUGUUGGCCGCUGCGGUGAUGUCGGUGUGGACUGGCACGGUCGCUCAAUCAGCCUGUGAGGCCGUGACUUUUGUCGACGACCGCAGCUUUUGGGGUCGCUCCUUGCACACCUUGACCCAAGCCAAGAGGCUCAGUGACCGUGUGGACCGCGCUUUCCAGUUUCGGUGUGAUGCCACAAAGUGUCAGGUGGCUUCGGCUGGCGGAGCCGUGGGGCCUCAAGCGGCUGCUCGCUUCGGAUAUGAGCACAGUUCCGAGUUCGAGACGUUGGGUGUUCGGUUUUACCUUCGUCCCGGAUGCGUCCCCAUGUUGGCCCGCUACUCCUUCGAGGUCGCCGAUGUGAGGCUGCAGUGCAUCAACGUGGUGGCCACCGGCCUUCCCAUGCAGGCCUCCUUUAUCCGAUCGUUGGUGCUGCCUUUGGUGUCGUGGGCUGGUGCCAUGGCUAGCAUCGAGAAGGAGCAGCUGCUUCAGCUUCGACGUGCGGUGGUGGCGUCAGUCAAUCACAAAAACGCUUGUGACACUCCGGCGCUGCUGCUGUGGGAGGUGCUUGGUUGGGAUUGCGACCCGGUCUUCACUCGGAAAUGGUCGGCUUUGCGUGCAGCCAUUGCCACGGCAUGUCAGCCGCCGUGUUGGCUGGAGGACGCGUCCAUCCAGUUUGCGACGAGGCGCUGGCCUACUUUGCUGCCGGUGGCCACGGCCGUGCUUGGCGAGCUGGGAUGGUGGACUUCGGCGACGGGUGACGUCAUUGGUCGGCGAGACGAAUGCGGGCGUCUUCGGACUUUCCACGUCGGCUACGACAGCGAGCUUGUCCUGAAGCAGUGGUUGGUUGACUGGCAUCGCCGUGCCUCGUUGCAGGAGACCGCUCGGGUGAAGCGGCGUCUACAUCGUAGCGCUCCGGAUGGUGAUCUUGCUCAGGGCGUUCUGCUACCUGGAGUUCCUGCUAACGCUCUGUGUGUGAUGGCCGGCCACCGGAAGCUCUUUCCACCUCAGGGCGAACGGCAUCUUCGCAAUUCCUCACUCGCUACUGGGUGCUCUGUCUGGGCCAAGGCGAAGAAGAAGGGCGUCUCCGCUGAGGCGAUUGCUGAGUGCAUGUGCGGCCAGCGCAUGCCGAGCCGUCCUCACCUCUUGUGGCAAUGCAGUGGCACCGCGCAUCUGAGGCCCCGCUGCGCGGCACCAGUCAAUCGAGCUGAGGAGCGGCUACUUUGCAAAAUCGUUCCCGAGCUUCCCCCGUCGCCCUGCGUGAUUGGGGAGGAUGAAGUGGUUGAGGAGCUUGCGGCAAUCCUCCUCCAGAUGCUGAGCAUCCAGCCCAUCGUCUUCGUUGGCACCGAUGGUAGCUGCAUCCACGACAUUGCGGCUUGGUCCGUGGCUGUGCAAGAUGGCCCGGUCUUCAGCUCAGGAGUCGUCGGCGAGGACCAGUCAGCCUACAGGGCGGAGGUGGAGGCCAUCAGAAAGCUCCUCAUGGCGGUGCAGCUGAUACAGGCCACUGGGCGCUUGGUGGUCGUCUCGGACUGCCAGUCGGCGAUCCGCGCCGUCGAUGGGUGCGGGUGCUGCCGCUUGUUAGUCGAGGACGUUGCAAGGCGGUGGCAGGAAAUCAGGUCAUCUGGGAUUGAUGCGACGAUCCACUGGAUCCCCAGCCAUGGCAAGCCGGCCCCUGCUGCAUGGCUGACGCCCCCUGGAGGCGAAAUCCCGGCUCGCAUCCUGAAUGGUCGGGCCGACGAGGAGGCGCGAUUGUGCGCGGCCUCGGGAAGCGCCCGUGAGGCGUGCGCGGCUGCCCGCGCUGCAGCGGCUGCAUGGGAGGAGGAGGCGAUCACCGGCCUUGCCAAGAUCGCCGCUUUCUACGACCACGCAGAUGUCUUCGACUUCUUGGAGCUGCGGAAGAAUCACGGCAAGGAGGAGCAGCGCGCCCGGGAUCUCUUCUAUGGGCUCUGGAUUCCGGAUCUCUUCAUGACUCGGGUCAAGGACAACUUGGAUUGGACUCUCUUUUGCCCAAACGAGGCCUACGACGAGACAAGUGGUAAGGGGCUAAUGGAUGUAUGGGGCGAGGAGUUCGAGGCGCUGUACACGCGCCUGGAGAGGGAGGGCAAGGGACGGAAGGUGGUCAAGGCACAGCAGCUUUGGUUCCGCAUUCUCGAGUCGCAGAUGGAGACGGGCACGCCUUACAUGCUGUACAAGGACCACGCGAACCGCAAGUCCAACCAGCAGAAUCUCGGCACAAUCCACUGCUCCAACCUUUGUACAGAAAUUAUUGAGUACACUGCGAAGGAUGAGGUGGCAGUGUGCAACCUGGCCUCCAUCUCCUUACCAGCCUUUGCCAGCUCGAAGGGGACUUAUGACUUCGAGGAGCUUUUCCAGGUAACCAAGGUGGCAACCCGCAACCUGAACAAAGUCAUCGACCGGAACUACUAUCCGGUGUCGGAGGCUCGUAAGUCUAACCUCCGUCAUCGGCCCGUGGGCUUAGGCGUGCAGGGUCUUGCAGAUGCAUUCCUCAUCAUGAAGCUGCCUUUCGAGAGCGAGGCGGCGAAGCAGCUCAACGAGGAUAUCUUCGAGACCAUCUACUUCGCAGCUUGCGAGGCCUCCUGUGAACUGGCUGAGAAAUGCGGCCCUUAUGAGACCUACGAAGGUAGCCCUGCCAGCAAAGGCCUGCUGCAGUUCGACCUGUGGGGUCGGCAGCCGCGCAGUGGCCGCUGGGACUGGGCGGCGCUGAAAGCACGCAUCGGCCGAUUCGGGCUUCGGAAUUCCUUGCUGGUGGCACCCAUGCCCACGGCCAGCACAGCACAGAUUUUGGGCAACAACGAGUCCUUCGAGCCUUACACGCAAAACCUCUACGUUCGCCGGGUGCUUUCGGGGGAGUUUGUGCAAGUGAAUCGCCACCUGCUCAAGGAUCUCAUCCAGCGUGGGUUGUGGAACGAGGAACUCCGUGUGCAGCUGAUCGCGCACAACGGCAGUGUGCAAAACAUGGACCUGCCACAGGAUCUCAAAGAGCUGUACAAGACUGUUUGGGAAAUCAGGCAGAAGGUUGUCCUAGACAUGGCCGGUGAUCGCGGCGUUUACAUCGAUCAGUCGCAGUCGCUGAACAUUCACAUGACGGAUGUGACCACUGCCAAGCUGUCAUCCAUGCACUUCCACGGCUGGCAGCUAGGCUUGAAGACAGGCCUUUACUAUCUUCGAACGAAGGCAGCUGCUGAUGCUAUCAAGUUCACCGUGGAUGUUAAGAAGCUGACGAAGACGGCAAAGUCUGAGAAGUCCGUGGCUUCUGACUCAGAUGCCUCCACGGCCACAUCUGCGACGAAAGGCUUGGAGGCCUCCGCGAUCGAAGCACUCAAGGCUGAAGGGCCGAAGUACAGCUGCGUGAAUUGCAGCGCGUGA